AUGGUUUUUGGUCGUGGAGGACACUGCGCUGUUCACUCCUAUCCACUAUUACUGUAUGGCUCUACAAACCCCGACAAGUUUCCAAAUACUCCUCUCUUUCAAAGACUAGUUAGUGGAGCUAGCAAACAAACAAUGACAACACAUCACGUCGAGUCGUCAUCGAAGACUAUGCUCUGGAUUGAGAAGCCAGGUUGCCUGAAAAGCCUUGCCUCUGAGCCAGCUCCGUCGAGAGCUGUAGUACUGCCCUACAAGCUUCCGUUGAUCUCCCAGAGGCUCUGCCACAAAAACGAAGCUAUGCGAGAAGAAGUACUCCUUUCCCCCUCCGGUCUUCUUUCUUUAACCUCAAAGUUUGCAUAUCUCCUACUUGUAGCAAUCACCUUGGGACCAGCACAAGACGAGGAAUAUGAUCCUAACUUCACACGUGCAUCUGGUUCGGAGAUCGCAAGCCACCAAAAAGCUAAUUGUGCCUCUGGCAGAAUUAAAAGAGAGUUCAAGCAAUGA